AUGGAAACAGGUGUCAUUGACAAGGCCCUGUUUGAGAAGGUGUUGGAGGGAUCCAUCACACCGGAGGAAGUCCUGCACAUGAACUCUGUCAGAAAGUACCUCUAUGGCUCUGGCAGCAUCGGGGGGAUUGUACUCCAGCCAUCAAACCAGAGAAUAAGCAUUUACGAGGCCAUGAAGAAAAACAUCAUGGUCCCAGGAGUAGCCCUCCCACUGCUAGAGGCCCAGGCUGCCACAGGCUUCAUCAUUGACCCAGUGAACAACCAGAAACUCUGUGUGGAUGAUGCCAUCAAGGAGGGAGUCAUUGGGCCAGAAGUCCAUGAGAAGCUGCAGCAUGCAGAAGGGGCUGUAACAGGCUAUAAAGAUCCUUUCACGGGCAAGAAGAUACCCCUCUUCCAGGCAAUGAAGAAGGGCCUGAUUGCUGACAAACAGGCGAUGCAGUUGAUGGAGGUGCAGAUGGCUACAGGAGGCAUCAUUGACCCAACAUGCGGCCACUAUAUCCCUGUAGAAUGUGCCCAGAAGCGAGGAUGCCUGGAUGAGGACACAAACAAGGCCCUUUCUAAGCCCAGUGACAACAACAGAGCCUUCUGUGCCCCAGACAGCAAAGAGACCAUGACCUAUGCUGAGCUAAUCAAGCGCUGCCAGAAGGAUGAGAUCUCCGGCUUCCACUUGCUGCCUCUACCACAGACAGCUGCUCCUGCCUAUACCGAUGAACAAAUCCAGCAGAUUUUUAAGGAAACUGUGGUAAAGGAAAAAGGGAUCUCCCUCUGGGAGCUAGUUCACUCUGGGUAUUUCACUGAGGAACAGAGGAGUGACUUCGUGGAGAAGUUCCGGUCUGAGGAAAUGUCGCUGCAGCAGCUGGUUGCUCUUGUGCUCAGACUGGUUGGGGAGAUGGAAAUGAAAGCCCACACCCACAUCACCUUGGAAGGGUUGCGGGGCAGUGUCCCAGCAGUCUGGCUGCUGGAUGCUGGCAUCAUUACUGAGAAGACGUUUGAAGAACUGGCUCAGGGCAUAAGAACUCCUGAGGAAGUGGCUGCGAUGGAGAGUGUGAAGAGGUACUUGCAGGGCACAGGCAGCAUUGCCGGAGUAUUCAUAGAGGCAUCCAAAAAGAAGAUGAGCUUUUAUGAUGCCAUGAAAAACAAUCUCCUCCUCCCUGGGGCUGCUCUGAGGCUGCUAGAAGCUCAGGCAGCCACAGGAUACCUAACUGACCCAGCUACAAACCGGAGACUUAGCGUGAGGGAUGCUGUGAAAGCAGGUGUGGUUGGUGAAGAGCUCACCGAGAAACUCCUUCUAGCUGAGAGGGCAGUGACUGGCUACACAGACCCCUACACAGGGACCUCCAUCUCAAUAUGUCAAGCGCUCAGGAAAGAGCUGAUUCCCCUGGGAGAUGCUGUUCCCUUGCUAGAGGCCCAGCUGGCCACAGGAGGGGUCAUUGAUCCCAUUCACCAUCAUCACCUUCCACUCCAGGCUGCAUGCAGAUAUGGCUUCUAUGAUGACGACCUGAACCAAACCCUCUCUCAGCUGAAUGACAGCACCAGAAUCUUUUUUGAUCCAAACACAAAGGAGAAUGUGACUUACCAGCAGCUGAAGGACAGGUGCAUUCAUGAGCCUGAGUCAGAUCUCUGGCUCCUUCCUCUGUCAGAAAACGCGAUGUUCUGUGUCGAUGAACAAACCGUUGAGGUGCUGAAAUCUGUGACUGUUUGUGUCAACAUAGGGCGGUUCAAAGGACAGACAGUGUCAGUCUGGGACCUUCUCAACUCUGAAUACCUCUCAGACAGCAAAAGAAGAGAGCUAGUGCAAAAGUACAAAGAUGAGAACACUGAAGUACUACAUGAAAUCAUAACAAUUGUCAUCACAAUCAUCAAAGAGACUGAGGCGCAGGGCAAGAAGUUUGCAUUCAAGGGUCUGCGGAAAAAAGUAUCUGCCAGUGACCUCUUCCAGUCUCAACUUAUAGACAAAAAAACCCUCGAUGAACUCAACCAGGGGAAGAAAACAGUCAAAGAAGUCACUGAAAUGGACUCUGUCCGCAGGUACCUGGAAGGCAGCAAUUUCAUAGCAGGGGUCCUUAUACAGCCAAGCAAUGUGAAGAUGAGCAUCUACCACGCCAUGAGGAAGGGCAUCCUGAGGCCAGGGACAGCAUUGGUGCUGCUGGAGGCGCAGGCUGCCACUGGCUACAUUAUUGACCCAGAGAAAAACAAGAAGUUUUCAGUGGAGGAAGCAUUAACUGAAGGUCUAAUUGGAGGGGAGAUAUUUGAAAAGCUACUCUCUGCAGAAAGAGCUGUGACAGGCUACACUGACCCCUACACAAAAGCCCCAAUGUCCCUGUUUGAAGCUAUGAACCAAGGACUGAUUGUGAAAAGCCAUGGCAUCCGCCUGCUUGAGGCCCAGAUUGCCACCGGCGGCAUCAUCGACCCCGUGCACAGCCACCGCCUCCCCGUGGAGGUGCCCUACCAGCGUGGCUACUUUGACCAAGAGAUGAACCAGAUCCUCUCCGACCCCACCGACGACACCAAGGGCUUCUUUGACCCCAACACCCACGAGAACCUCACCUACAUGCAGCUCCUGGAGAGAUGUGUCCAAGAUUCAGAGACUGGAUUGUACAUGCUACAAGUUGUUCAGGAAGGAGGAAAGUACUUCUACAUUGAUGAAUGUACCAAAAAGGUUUUCCGCUCAAAGCCCCUUGAAGUGAAAGUUGGAAAGUUUAAAGACCAAAUGGUUUCCAUCUGGGAAAUCCUCUGCUCUCAUUACAUCUCUGAGCAGAAAAGGAAAGAACUAGUGAUGCAGUACAAAUGCAAAACCCUCACGCUGGAAGAUCUUAUAGCCCUCAUCCUCAAAAUAGUUGAGGAUACAGAGAAAAGAGCAGAAGCCCUCAAGGUUAAAGGACUCCGGGGGGAUGUGUCAAUAUCAGAAUUGUUUAACUCUGAAAUAAUUGACAAGAAAACUCUAGAUCAGCUGCAGGAUGGGAGUCUCACACUUGCCAGCCUCACAAAGAAGGACACCAUCAAAAGAUACUUGGAUGGCACUGGAUGCAUUGCUGGGGUUCUAAUCCCAUCAAGGAAAGAAAAGAUGAGCAUCUACCAGGCCCUGGAGAAGGGUCUACUCACAGAGCAAUGUGCACUAGGGCUGCUGGAGGCACAGGCUGCCACUGGUUUUCUCAUUGACCCACUGAAAAAUAAGAAGUUCUCAGUAGAUGAGGCUGCCUCGUCUGGGCUGGUGGGUAGCAACUUGCACAAGAAACUCCUAUCAGCAGAGAAAGCUGUGACAGGAUACACAGAUAUUCAUGCAGGAAAUAAAUUAUCCCUCUUCCAGGCCAUAAGGCAAAAGAUAAUAGUCAAGGAGCAUGGCAUCCGCCUGCUCGAGGCCCAGAUAGCCACCGGCGGCAUCAUCGAUCCCGUGCACAGCCACCGCCUCCCCGUGGAGGUGGCCUACCGGCGUGGCUACUUGGAUGAGGAAAUGUUUCUUCUACUUUCUGAUCCAGAUCACGGAAGCAAAGGUUUUAUAGAUCCAAACACUCAUGAGAAAAUCAGUUACAGCCAGCUACUAAAGAGAUGUUCCAAAGACAGAGAUAGUGGAUUGUACCUGCUGCAGGUUAUGGAAAAAGAAGAUGACUAUUUCUACAUUGAUGAGCAAACAAAAAAUUCCCUGUUGUCUAAAAAGGUUCAAGUGCCUGUUGGAAAAUACAAAGGACGUGUAUUAUCACUGUGGGAACUUCUCUGUUCUGAGUACAUCAGUGAAGAGAAAAGAAAAGAACUGGUGAAAAAAUAUAAACAGGAAUCCCAUCACAUUCUACAAGGAAUCAUUGAAACAAUACUAAAUAUCAUCAAAAAAAAAGAAGAGGACAGAAGUGAUAUCUGGUUCCAAGGACUUAGACAACAAAUAACAGCAUCAGAACUUGUCAGUGCACAGAUAAUAACAGAAGAAACAAUGGAAAAACUUCAUGAAGGAAAAGAAACGGCACAAGAAAUAGCACAAAUGGAUAGUGUGAGAAGAUACCUUGAGGGAACUGGAAGCAUCGCCGGUGUGCUGGUGCCCUCCAAGGCCGACCCCGCCAAGGUGGAGAAGAUGAGCAUCUACCAGGCCAUGUGGAAGGGCAUCCUAAGACCAGGGACAGCACUGGUGCUGCUGGAGGCGCAGGCUGCCACCGGCUUCAUCAUUGACCCGCUCGCCAACAAGAAGCUCUCCGUGGACGAGGCCGUCUCGUCCGGGCUGGUGGGCAGCGAGUUACAGAAAAAACUACUUUGUGCAGAGAGGGCUGUGACAGGCUACACCGACCCGUGCACGGCGCAGAAGAUGUCGCUUUUCCAGGCCAUGAAGAAGGA